CAACAUUGGCAAAAGAGAAGAAAACUUCCUUCUACCUUUCACGCAAGCAAGCAAAGAGGGAGGUGCCAAAGGUGACCGCCUUCCUUUCCUCUCUCUCGGUGUACAAGAGGUCAUUUGAUAGUCAUCGAAUCGAGAAUGACUCCCGUCUUCGUUCUGUUCGUCCUUCUCUGCUCAGAAUUCGGCUUCCUUCGUCUUGGCUUCGCAUUAGGCAUCAACUAUGGCCAAGUAGCCAACGAUCUUCCCACUCCAGAUCAGGUUCUCAGCAUCUUGACAUCCCUCAAGAUCACGAACACGAGGAUCUACGACACCAACCCCAAAGUCCUGGCAGCGUUCGCGAACACUGGCAUCGAACUCAUCGUCACGGUUCCCAAUGAAUCCGUCGGCCUGCUCACCGACCCUCGACAAGCUCUGCAAUGGGUGGCGACUAACGUGAAACCUUACUUCCCUGCCACAAAGAUCACCGGCAUCGCGGUGGGGAACGAAGUGUUCACGAGCGACGACCCGACGUUGAUGUCGAACCUCGUCCCGGCCAUGGUCAGCAUUCACGCCGCGCUCGUCCAACUCGGCCUCGACUCGUACAUCCACACCUCGAGCGCCAAUUCCCUGGCCGUGCUCGAGAACUCAUACCCCCCUUCCUUGGGGUCAUUCCGGCCGGACCUCGCGAACCUGAUGGCGCCAUUCCUCCAGUUCUUGGCCGCAACCAAGUCCCCGUUUUGGAUCAACGCAUACCCUUACUUCGCCUACAAGGACGACCCCGAGAGGGUUCCCUUGGACUACGUCCUGUUCAACCCCAAUUCGGGGAUGAAGGACCCUUCCACAAGUCUGCACUACGACAACAUGCUAUACGCCCAAGUCGACGCCGUGAUCUUCGCCAUGGAUCGGUUGGGGUACGGCGGCGUGGAGGUGAGGGUGUCGGAGACCGGCUGGCCAUCGAAAGGCGACCCCGACGAGAUCGGUGCGAGUGCAGAAAAUGCGAGGGUCUACAACAGGAACCUGUUGCUGAGGCAGAUGGGGAACGAGGGGACUCCACUGGUGCCUCACCGGCGACUGGAGGUGUACUUGUUCGCACUGUUUAACGAGGAUAUGAAGCCCGGGCCAACGUCGGAGAGGAACUACGGUCUGUUCCGGCCGGACGGCACCGUGGCCUACAACAUGGGGUUGACUGCACUGCCUGCUUCUUCUUCUUCUUCUUCUUCUGCUGCUGCUUCCGUUUUUCUCACAUCCUCUGCCACAAGGGAAAGUAAGGAGACGGGCCGCUUCUGGCAAUGGGGGACUUUGGUAUUCUCUCUGACCAUCCAAGCUUUGAUGAGAAAAGCAUUCUAACAAAGGCGGAUUGGCUUUGGUUCUCUUUUACAAGGACUCAGGAAAUUUUGCAGGAUCCAUUGUUGUGCUUGCUCUCUGAUAGACUCAGGAAAUUUCCGAGCCCAAAGGAGAUGUACCAAACCAAGGCAAAGACCACCGCUGUACCAUAUCCUACCUUUCCGAGAGCACUAAAGUUCCUUUGGAGGAUUCUUCUUUGCAUGGCCAGUGACUCAAGAAGAAAGUCCUUGGAUUCUCGAGGAUACAAGGAAUGGGACGGGCUCUCAGACGCCAGCCAAGAUGGGACUUCCGUUUCCCACUUUGCAGCCUUUGGCUUCCGCUUAAAGCUGGUCUUGAGAUAAGCUAAAUUAUAGUUGACGGCAACUCGAUUCGGUGAACUAAACUGAGUGUAAGAAAGAUUGGAUACGGUGGGUCUCGUCCGAGUGCACUUUAUUCUCUGACCGAAAUGUCGGCAGCGGAUCCGAAGCCAUGUGAUGUGAGCUCGCCUUUGUGUUUGUGGGCGGUGGGAUUCAUCUCUCUCAAAAAUACGGAUUUAAGCUUUCUAUCUCA